AUGGCCUCUAAAUCUUGGCUGAAUAUUUUAACCUUCCUUUGUGGAUCAGCAGUCGGAUUCGUUUUAUGCUCUCAGCUACUUAGUAUUUUGUUGGAAGAACAGAAGGACAUCCAGCCUAGUGUUCUUCAUAAUGAUCCUCACGCUAGGCAUUCAGAUGACAGUGAACAGAAUCAUCUAGAAGGACAGAUGAACUUCGAUGCAGAUGCCAGCCAACAUAAAGAUGAGAACACUGACAUCGCUGAAAAGCUCUAUCAGAAGGUUAAAAUUCUUUGCUGGGUAAUGACAGGGCCUCAAAAUCUAGAGAAAAAGGCUAAACAUGUCAAAGCUACAUGGGCCCAGCGUUGCAAUAAAGUGCUGUUUAUGAGCUCAGAAGAAAACAAGGACUUCCCUGCUGUGGGCUUAAAAACCAGAGAAGGCAGAGACCAACUGUACUGGAAAACGAUUAAAGCCUUUCAGUAUGUUCAUGAUCAUUAUUUAGACGAUGCUGAUUGGUUUAUGAAAGCAGAUGAUGAUACUUACGUCAUACUGGAUAACUUGAGAUGGCUUCUCUCAAAAUACAACCCUGAAGAUCCCAUUUACUUUGGGAGAAGAUUUAAGCCCUAUGUAAAGCAGGGCUACAUGAGUGGAGGAGCAGGAUAUGUACUGAGCAAAGAAGCUUUGAAGAGAUUUGUUGAGGCAUUUAAAACAGACAAAUGUACGCACAGUUCCUCCAUCGAAGAUUUAGCACUGGGGAGAUGCAUGGAAAUUAUAAAUGUAGAAGCAGGAGAUUCCAGAGAUACCACUGGAAAAGAAACUUUUCAUCCUUUUGUACCAGAACACCACUUAAUCAAGGGUUAUCUGCCAAGAACCUUUUGGUACUGGAAUUAUAACUAUUAUCCUCCUGUAGAGGGUCCUGGUUGCUGUUCCGAUCUUGCAGUUUCUUUUCACUAUGUUGAUCCUACGACUAUGUAUGAGUUAGAAUACCUCGUUUAUCAUCUUCGUCCAUAUGGUUAUUUAUACAGAUAUCAACCUGCCUUACCUGAGAAGAUGCUAAAGGAAAAUCACACUAUAUUAGUAAAAGACUAA